GCCCCCGCCCUCGCCUGGGGACCGGGGAUAAAUCAGGGAGGCGAGCGCCUGGGAGUCAGAGCGCGGGCGCCAGCGGGCUGGCCCAGCUCCUUUCCCCGCUCGCCCUUGAUGGCGGCGCAGGCGAGGCAGCCGCUUAGAGCGGCCAACAAGCGCUAGAGGGUCCGCCCGCUCCCCGCCUGCCGCCGCCCGCUCCCCGCCCUCAGACGUCGGCGCUCCCGGCUCCGGACUCGGGUCCCCGGCCACCGCGUGCAGCCUCGCCGCCUCCCGGGUCGGGGAGGGAGGAGACUGAUCUUCGAUCGCGAAGAUGGCUGCUGGCUGCCUGCUGGCCUUGACUCUGACACUUUUCCAAUCUUGGCUGAUCGGCCCCUCGUCGGAGGAGCCCUUCCCUUCCCCCGUCACUAUCAAGUCAUGGGUGGAUAAGAUGCAAGAAGACCUUGUCACACUGGCCAAAACAGCGAGUGGAGUCAAUCAACUUGUUGAUAUUUAUGAGAAAUACCAAGAUCUGUAUACUGUGGAACCAAAUAAUGCACGUCAGCUUGUGGAAAUUGCAGCCAGAGACAUUGAGAAACUUCUCAGCAACAGAUCCAAAGCCCUGGUGCGCCUGGCUAUGGAAGCAGAGAAAGUUCAAGCUGCACACCAGUGGAGGGAGGAUUUUGCAAGCAAUGAAGUUGUCUACUACAACGCUAAGGAUGAUCUUGAUCCUGAAAGAAAUGAGAGUGAGCCAGGCAGCCAGAGGAUUAAACCUGUUUUUAUUGAAGAUGCUAAUUUUGGACGUCAGAUAUCCUAUCAGCAUGCAGCCGUCCAUAUUCCCACUGACAUCUAUGAAGGCUCUACCAUCGUGUUAAAUGAACUCAACUGGACAAGUGCCUUAGAUGAAGUUUUCAAAAGAAAUCGAGAUGAAGACCCUACAUUGCUGUGGCAAGUGUUUGGCAGUGCCACUGGCCUGGCCCGAUAUUAUCCAGCUUCUCCAUGGGUGGAUAAUAGUAGAACUCCAAACAAGAUUGAUCUUUAUGAUGUGCGCAGAAGACCAUGGUAUAUCCAAGGAGCUGCAUCUCCUAAAGACAUGCUUAUUCUUGUUGAUGUGAGUGGAAGUGUUAGCGGAUUGACUCUGAAACUUAUCCGAACAUCAGUCUCCGAAAUGUUAGAGACCCUCUCAGAUGACGAUUUCGUGAACGUAGCUUCAUUUAACAGCAAUGCUCAGGAUGUAAGCUGUUUUCAGCACCUUGUCCAAGCAAAUGUAAGAAAUAAGAAGGUGUUGAAAGAUGCAGUGAAUAACAUCACAGCAAAAGGAAUAACAGAUUACAAAAAAGGCUUUAGCUUUGCCUUUGAACAGCUGCUUAAUUAUAAUGUUUCCAGAGCCAACUGCAAUAAGAUUAUCAUGUUGUUCACUGAUGGAGGUGAAGAGAGAGCCCAGGAGAUAUUUACCAAAUACAAUAAAGACAAAAAAGUCCGUGUAUUCACGUUUUCUGUUGGCCAGCACAAUUAUGACAGAGGACCUAUUCAGUGGAUGGCAUGUGAAAAUAAAGGUUAUUAUUAUGAAAUUCCCUCUAUUGGCGCAAUAAGAAUUAAUACUCAGGAAUAUCUGGAUGUUCUGGGAAGACCAAUGGUUUUAGCAGGGGACAAAGCUAAGCAAGUCCAAUGGACGAAUGUGUACUUGGAUGCACUGGAACUGGGACUUGUCAUUACUGGAACUCUUCCUGUCUUCAAUGUAACUGGCCAGUCUGAAAACAAGACAAACUUAAAGAACCAGUUGAUUCUUGGUGUGAUGGGAGUUGAUGUGUCUUUGGACGAUAUUAAGAGACUGACUCCACGUUUUACACUGUGCCCCAAUGGCUAUUAUUUUGCAAUUGAUCCUAAUGGUUAUGUCUUGUUGCACCCAAAUCUUCAGCCAAAGCCUAUUGGUGUAGGUAUACCAACAAUUAAUUUAAGAAAAAGGAGACCCAAUGUUCAGAACCCCAAAUCUCAGGAGCCAGUCACGCUGGAUUUCCUUGAUGCAGAGUUAGAGAAUGAUAUUAAAGUGGAGAUUCGAAAUAAAAUGAUAGAUGGAGAAAGUGGAGAAAAAACCUUCAGAACUCUGGUUAAAUCUCAAGAUGAGAGAUACAUUGACAAAGGGAAUAGAACAUACACAUGGACACCUGUCAAUGGCACGGAUUACAGUUUGGCCUUGGUAUUACCAACCUACAGUUUUUACUAUAUAAAAGCCAAAAUAGAAGAGACAAUAACUCAGGCCAGAUCAAAAAAGGGGAAAAUGAAGGAUUCAGAAACCUUAAAACCAGACAAUUUUGAAGAAUCUGGCUACACAUUCAUAGCACCAAGAGAAUACUGCAAUGACCUUAAACUGUCAGAUAAUAACACUGAAUUUCUUUUAAAUUUCAACGAAUUUAUCGAUAGAAAAACUCCAAACAACCCAUCCUGUAAUACAGAUUUGAUUAAUAGAAUCUUGCUGGAUGCAGGAUUUACAAAUGAACUUGUUCAAAAUUACUGGAGCAAGCAAAAAAAUAUCAAAGGAGUGAAAGCACGCUUUGUGGUGACUGAUGGUGGGAUUACCAGAGUUUAUCCUAAAGAGGCCGGAGAAAAUUGGCAAGAAAAUCCAGAGACAUAUGAGGACAGCUUCUAUAAGCGGAGCCUGGAUAAUGAUAACUACGUUUUCACUGCUCCCUACUUUAACAAAAGUGGACCUGGUGCAUAUGAAUCAGGCAUUAUGGUAAGCAAAGCUGUAGAAAUAUAUAUCCAAGGAAAACUUCUUAAACCUGCAGUUGUGGGAAUUAAAAUCGAUAUAAAUUCCUGGAUAGAGAAUUUCACAAAAACCUCAAUCAGGGAUCCGUGUGCUGGUCCAGUUUGUGAUUGCAAAAGAAACAGUGAUGUAAUGGACUGUGUGAUUCUAGAUGAUGGUGGCUUUCUUUUGAUGGCAAAUCAUGAUGAUUAUACUAAUCAGAUUGGACGAUUUUUUGGAGAGAUCGAUCCAAGUCUUAUGAGACACCUUGUCAAUAUAUCAGUUUAUGCAUUCAACAAAUCUUACGAUUAUCAGUCCGUGUGUGAUCCAGGUGCUGCACCAAAGCAAGGAGCAGGGCAUCGCUCAGCAUAUGUGCCAUCGAUUACAGACAUAUUACAAAUUGGCUGGUGGGCCACGGCUGCUGCCUGGUCUAUCCUCCAGCAAUUGCUCUUGAGUUUGACCUUUCCACGGCUCCUUGAGGCAGUUGAGAUGGAGGAGGAUGACUUCACAGCCUCCCUGUCAAAGCAGAGCUGCAUCACUGAACAAACCCAGUAUUUCUUCGAUAAUGACAGUAAAUCAUUCAAUGGGGUAUUAGACUGUGGAAAUUGUUCCAGAAUCUUUCAUGUAGAAAAACUGAUGAACACCAACUUAAUAUUCAUAAUGGUUGAGAGCAAAGGGACAUGUCCCUGUGACACACGGCUGCUCAUGCAAGCGGAACAGACUUCUGAUGGUCCAGAUCCUUGUGAUAUGGUUAAGCAACCCAGAUACCGAAAAGGGCCUGAUGUCUGCUUUGAUAACAAUGUCCUGGAGGAUUAUACUGACUGCGGUGGUGUUUCUGGUCUGAACCCCUCCUUGUGGUCAAUCAUUGGACUCCAAUUUUUACUCCUUUGGCUGGUAUCUGGCAGCAGACACUUUCUCUUGUGACCAUCUAAACCCAAAAUCUGCAACUGAACUCCAGACCCUACCCAAACAUGAGCCCUCAGUUACAUUCAAAUAGGGUCAGCUGAGGAAUCUACAUGCAGAACAUUAGCUGGGCCUCUACCAUGGAGUAACUCUAAGGCACAGAAUAUCAAGACUCCCACUGGCUGCAUGUCACGGUGUCAAAACCUGAUUUGUGUGAAUGCUGCAUCAUCUAUGUAUAACAUCAAAGCAAAAUUCUAAUUGUGCUCUGUGGAAAAUUUGGGAGUUUGCUGCUGUAUUGUUGGUGGUUACAUGUGAAAGGGCUCCCCAUACGGAUGUUUGAGUCAGAAGAGUCUUUAAUUUUGACCUGGAAUUUCAACUUGCUGCAGUUUUACCAAGGAAAAUCCCUGGUGGAGAGGAAAGUCAUUUUUGCCUUCAUGUUCUUUCUGCUAAAAAGUAGUUCCUGCUUUGAGUAGUUAUUGAGUAGAGGGAGAAAGAGAGAGAAAAAAAUAGAUUGGUCUAAACUGUUGAAAUAUAAACAAUGGCUAAUUUUCUACAGAAAAUUGCCAUGAAUAAAAUGCCUUAUAAAGAAUGACUUCUCUGCCAAAAACAAAACACAGCUUGUGACCAAUUACAUUUGGGUGAGUUAUGAAUUGAUAACUUGAAAAGAAGGGAGAUAUGAUUCAACUAAAGGUGCUUGCAGGUGAAAUUUGAACUUUUGACAUAUUUCUUCAUAUAUGUAAGCCCUUAAGUGCGUGAUGUAAUGUCCCUUUUGUUCACAGUAAAGUCAUGUAGUGCUAGCCAGAUAAUCUAAAUGCUCUAAGAAAAGCUUGUGGGGGGUGGGGACAUGUUUUUCUUGUGAUUAAUGAACUUGGGUUACCAAGGGUAUUUUGCAUGAUGCUGCUGCUCUUUAAAAUUUUUGGUUUGUUUUUCUGUUUCUUACUGUAGAGUAUAGUCCAUUGAAAAGUUACCUGGGUGACAUUAUUGUCAUGUAAGAAUCUGAACCUUGCGUGUAAAUGCACUUAAUUCAUCUUUAAAAAUGUUGCUAAACGAUUCUGAAUAUACUGUACAAUGUAAAUGCUGAAUGACUAGGUUAGGCAAAUGGCGAAAUGAAAAUUCAUGAAUUUUUUACAGAUUCGUGCUUUUGCCUGAAAACCUAUGUACAGAUAUUUUACGUACAUAAAUCAAAUUUAACACAUUUAUUUUUUGAAAAGUACAUAUACCUUCUCAAUGAAGAUUCAUCCUAGGUUUCCUCUUUGUUCGUCUCAAUAGUAGCAUGUACAAUCCAAUUGCUGCUGCUGUUCCUGCUUCUGUCCCUCCAUGCUGAUAAGAUCAUUUGACCAAAAUUUCCGUGCAGCUUCAUGAGGAGUUUAACAAUAAUCUGAAUAAAUAGGAAACCUUGAAUCUAUGUGUAUGCACAUGAACACUUGAUUGUGAAUAAUAAAAUUUGUUUUAUACAGCCUCAUUGGUGAAAAGCAUUAGUGAUGUAGAGCAAAUAUAUGGUAGCAAAACUUUAUGAGUUUAAAAAUUAUUUUCAGGAAUAAACAGUAUUUGAAGAAAGGGUAAAAACAACGAAUGUGUCCACGAAGAGUAAUUUUACUAAAAGCUGAAAGUAUGCAUAUAUUUUUAUGGUAAAUCAAGUUCUUCUUUUUUAACAUGCCAAGUAUUGGUGUGUGUAGAUGCUGGAAAUUUCUGUGACAUUAUUUUACAAUCAAAGUUAUUUACAUUCUCCAGCAUGCUUUAAUACGCUCCACAUAUCAAAGGUGUAGCCAACUCAUUAGCAUAGUUGUUUGUUUUGUUUACAGCUUUGUAUACAUUGGGUACCAUUUGUGCUACAUUUCCUUAUUUACAAUUUUUUCCUUAAUUUAAAAUGGGGGAGGGAUGAUUGGAAUCAUUCUGCCAGCCAUUGUUCUAAGAAGUGACAUCAGUCACCAUUUUAAUGCUUUGUCAUUUUUUAGUCCAUUCAUAACUGGUACUGACAUUUUAGAAAACACAAAAGUAAUAUAAAAAGCAAGACAAUGUUUAAAUCAUGUUGUUUAUAAUUAAUAUUCAAAAGUUAUUGUUACCUUUUGCUAGACCUUAUUGAAUCACGGACAUGUUGGGGAAGGAAAUCUCAAAAUAUAAAAUUGCUAGUUUGUACAUAUAAGUGAUGCGCAUUAAAACCAUUUAAUUGCUUCCAGCAUACAACAAACUACCUUAAAGUGUAUUAACUGUAUUUUCAUGGCUAAUGUCACUACAAAGUGUCUUUCCAUCAAUGACACUUGUAUUAAUCACCGUUGAACUUGGCAUCUCUUGGCAAGGCCCCAUUUGAUCACAGUUAGAUUAUCAUCACAGCCACAUGCCUGGUAACAAUUGGGUGAAUGCAUGAUCUCUGAUCAAGAAUUGUUUUCAUGACAGAUACUAAUGUUCAGGCUUUAGCAUACUUUUUCUUUAAAGGACAGUAACACUCAUGCCAUCGAAUUACAAUAUUAAGUUUACUAUUUUCCUGUGGGUUCUGUUGACAAGAACUUAGUCUGUUACAGAUUUACAAAGACUGAACAGUGUGAGAUCAAUGAAAAAAACUUUUAAAAUAUUUUUACCUAUUUAACUGUCAUUUUACUCCUGUAGCUGAGUGCGCUUUGUCACACAAACAGAGUCAAAACGAGUCUUACCUUGGUGUUGACUAGCAGGAAAGAAUUUCACAUAAAUGGUUUCAUCUUUUCUUCAUUUGAACAACCAGCAUUACUGCCAAGCACCAAUCGUGGUCCACAUUUGUAACAGGUUUUUAACAUGACAUAGUUAGCAAGUUUGAUUGAAGAGAUUUUUAGGUCCUGGGCCUACAAGAUUUUAGUAUGAUCUUUUUUCAUGUUUCUAAUGCAUUAUUGCUUACCUUGGGAAAAAAUACAGUGUUGCUGCCAUUUGUAAGUUUUCCUAUAAAUAAUAUUCCUUUUAUUAACUUUAAAACUGGCCUUAUGGGGUUCAAAUAGGCAGUAUCCCUUUUAAGUGACCUUUGCAACCCAAGUGUUACUUGCUUAUUUGAUGCUCUCUUGUAUUUUACAUCUCAGUUAAAUACUUGUCUUCACCAAAGCUUAAAUUCUAUGUCUUAAUUUAAAACUCUUAGGCUGUUCCAUUGAUUGUGUUAGUUGAUAUAAUAAAGUGUCUAAAGGCAUAGAGUCUGACCUAGGGAGACACAAUGAAUUUUGUGGCUUUUCCACUUGCCCCGAAUUUUAAUAUUUUUUCAUUAUCUGAAAUGUGUAUUGUUUCUCAUAGCAGAAUGUUAAUAUUGUUAAUAUUCAUUGUAUAUUUCUGUAAAGAGCAAAUCACUACAGUGAACUAUCAAGUGCUGACAACUUCCAGAAUUCCGAAGAAUUAAACAGCCCUUACAAAUACUUUCAUCUACCUUAUUUCUAGCUCAUAUAAAAGAAACAUUGAAAUUCCACUGAGACUCAUGGGAUACUGUCUUGUAUAGAUGCCAACUGAGUUUCCAAUGUGACCUGGCAAAUCUGUCUUUCUGUUGUGCUGUGAUUGUGGGAUCAUGCUUUUAGGGUUACUUUUAAUGAAACAUUCAACGUGCAUCCUUGCAAAAAGCCAAGGGGCUUUUGUGAACAAUAGAUCUUUUCCCCCCUUUAUUACGUUCUCUUGACACUUUUGUGGAAAUUAACUAGCCUGAUGAAGACAUUUUGUAAAAAUUUGUAUAAUACUGUUAUAAAAAAUAUUUAUAAUCCCAGAAAAUGUUGUGUUAAAUCUUGUGCAAAAACAGUAUAUUCAGAAUAAAAGUUUAUCAUUUAAAUUCA